CACGCCGGACAUACUCAACCACAGCCCGACUAAGCCGUCAAGAUGGUCGCCGCCAAGAAGCACGUCCCCAUUGUCAAGAAGCACAAGACCCGCUUCGCCCGUCACCAGAGUGACCGGUUCGAUCGUGUCGAUGCUAGCUGGAGAAAGCCCAAGGGUAUCGAUGGACGUGUCCGCAGACGCUUCAGGGGCACCAUCCGCAUGCCCAAGAUCGGCUACGGAUCCAACAAGAAGACCCGUUUCUUGACCCCCUCCGGCCACAAGGCUUUUCUCGUCCACAACGUCAAGGACCUUGAGCUGCUGCUCAUGCACAACCGAACCCACGCUGCCGAGAUUGCCAGCGCCGUCUCAUCCCGAAAGCGAAUCGACAUCAUCUCCCGCGCCAAGCAGAUCGGUGUCAAGGUCACAAACGCCAAGGCCAAGGUCACAACGGAGGUCUAAGUAGACCUAGGCGUGCACGGGGACUUGAGAGAGAGGAAAGUCUGUCGGUAUCAUCGUGUGUGGAUGGGACGAUAGAGAAAACAAAAAAUAAAGCAUUUAAAGCACACACAACAACGGAGAACAAAAAAAGAUUAAACAGUUCACAAAGCUUGUUUUUGGCACUCCUGUGUUGUCGUUGUUUUUUCUCAAAACUCUCCGGGUUUAUCGGGUUUUUUUAAUCUCUGGAAAGGAGGGGGCGCAUGCAGUCUUUGCUGCUGUCUUGUUUUUUUGAAAGAGAGGUGCUACGGGUUGCUUUUAUUGCCAUGCGCGCAUGCAUGCUGCAUUGGAGAAGAGAAGACGUAUUGUCCAACUGCUAGGGAAAUAUGACGCACCGUUGACGACAAUGAUGAGUUUGCGUGCUGUGAUGUGUCUUGCCCCUGGCUAUGGUGUUUAUUGAGCAUGAGAGAGCAUGUGAGAAGGCUAUAUGGGCCGAUUUUAUUUGCUUACAGACCAAGUCAAAACAUAUUGCCGCACAUUUACCAGACGUGAUAAUACACCACAAACUCAUUGACAGACGACACUCGAGGAAUCAGCAAAGAGGCUCACCCUCACCAUUUCUUUACGUUUGCCUUGACCAACUACGAAUCUACAGUUGCUUGCUC